AUGUCGAAGUACGUCAAAUUCUUGAAGGAUAUUCUGACAAAGAAGAAGAGAAUCAACGAGACAGAGGUGAUUGCGCUAACACAAGAGUGCAAUGUGUUAGUCAGCAACAAAUUGCCCAAGAAACAGAAGGACUCGGGAAGCUUCACAGUCUCAUGCUCAAUCAAAGGGCUGGAAGUAGGACAUGCAUUGUGUGAUCUAGGAGUAAGCAUUGAUGCGUGCAUCAAUCUCAUGCCACUCUUAAUUUUCAAGAAAUUGGGAAUUGGUGAAGCACAGCCCACUUCUGUAACGCUUCAAUUAGCUGAUAGGACGAUCACAUACCCUGAAGGAAAUAUUGAGCAUUUUCUGGUGAAAGUUGACAAAUUCAUAUUCCCAACGGAUUUCAUCAUCCUUGAUUAUGAAGCAGACAGAGAUGUACCAAUCAUUUUUGGACGACCCUUUCUCGCCACUGGGAAAGUAUUAAUAGACGUGCACAAGGGAGAACUGACCAUGCGCGUAGACAAUCAGGAAGUGAAAUUUAGUGUGUUAAAUGCAUUAAAGUUCCCAGAUAAUGAAGAAUGUCAACUUAACAAAAUAGAGUUGCCUGAAGAAUAA